AUGCCAUCUAUAGUAGCUUUCACAUUUUCAUCAUUAACUUUGGCUUGUCUAUUUGGUAGUUAUAUUCUUUUGAAUCGUAUGAAAAACUUGAAAAUUGAAAUUGAUCAGAAAAAAUUUGAUAUUCAAACAACAGAAGAAAAUCUUUGGCAAUUAAAUACUGAUCUAAGUCGAUCCAUUCUUAGAAAAUUACGUUUACUCGAUCGAUUAUCAUCAUCACAAGUAUAA